AUGGAUUCUAGAUUAAAAAAACAAAAACCCAAAACCAACACCGCGCAAGCGGAGAAGAGACCCGUAAGGGUAGAAGUGCGUGAGGGCGGGAAACCAGCUGAGGGACCCCCGACCGUCUCGAAAGAGCGGGAGGGCGGGAAGCCAGCUGAUAGACCCCCGAUCGUUGAAGAAGGUGGGACUCUGAGCUCCGACGAGGAGAGUGGAGGAACACAGAGAGAAGCAAGGCAGGGCACUCCAGAUGUCUUACAACUGGGUGGCCUGACUUUGAACGAAGAGGAUGCACUGCUCAAAUCACCAUCGAAGGGGGAAACCAUUAGGGAGGCCACACCGAUGGAGCAUGAGCAGUUCCACAAGUAUGAGUCGAAGGCUCAGAAAAAGAAAGCCAAGCUGCUUAGGAGGAGGGCUGCGACUGCUGGGGAAGGGAGUGGCAUUCCCGAGGUAUUUACCAAAGGGGAGGCCAAGCCCGGCCCGAGCAGACGCGGCUUAAAGAUAAAAAGACAGAGUACUGAUGAGGGUCGCUCGGAGCGUCCUCCAGCGAAGCGCCCGAACCAAGGACGGACUCUGGCGAGACUCAUCAGAAAGAGGCUUACGCAGCUGAUUGAGGUGGUCGUCCUGAAGGUAGUCAGGGGGGAGCCUGGCUUAGUAGCGCCAAGAUUCGCUACGUCGGGGUUGGUGUCAGAAGGAUUCUUCCUUGUGACACCAAAAACGACGGAGUCGAGGGAAUGGCUGCUAAGUCAGGACUUCGGAGAGUUGGAUGGCCACAAAAUCAUCGUGCGUAAGCUGGAGCAGACCAGGGUGCAGGUUUGGGUUCCGGGCGACACGGACACUGAGUACGUAAAGGAGUUCCUUUACGCUCAGAAUCCCGAUCGACCGGAACUCAAAAUUCUGCACUGGAAGGCAGUAGGUAGGGAGGCUCUAGAGCUAGGAACCCGACUGACCUAUAUGGUUCCAGACGGAGUCGAGGAGAGCUGGGGGCAAGAGAAGACCAAGAUUCUGGACUUCUCGGCCACCAGCGUACGAGUCCGGAUUCUGAGGGCGAAUCCAAAUCCACAACCCUCAGAAUCCAAACAAGAAGGACCAGCAGAAGCACCCGAGCUGAAGCAGGAGAGUGCUGAACCCGUCGAUGUCCAUACGGGAGGAGAGGGGAGUAUGGAUGUCGCCGGCAGUGAACUCUCCGAGUAGCAGCUUGGGGACAACAACACUACACACAAGAGAUGAAAAGAAAGGGAGACACACAGGGAACACUACACAAACACACACACACCAACACACACACGAACAUAUGCCAAGUAAACCUCCAACAUUGCAAGGAUGCGAUGUCCGAGCUGGGACAAUAUGUUAGGAGGGCCGAAGUUGACAUAGCACUGCUGCAAGAACCUUAUGCAUGGAAAAAUCGGGUGGCAGGCCUGGGACAUCUUGGGGGAGCUCUCUACUACGAAGGGAAUGAGACCUUGUUGUGGUGGAGACCUACUUCAUGAAAGAAGAUGGCAAGAGAUACAAGGUGGCGCUAGCGUCCUGCUAUUUGCCGGGCGAUGGAGUGGCACCCACGAAGGAACUAGAAGAAACGGUACUGUGGUACAGAG